UCUAACCAAUCCUCAUAACCGUAUUUUCAAAUCCACACCAUUUCUUCUCCUUCUUCUUCUACUUCACACCGAGCAGCUGAUCGGCGGCGGCGCCGCCAAUUAAAAACGAAAAUUGAAAGACGAUGAAUCCUCAUCAGAACAAUGCUUUUGAUUUCAAGCGUCUCAUCCACCGGCGAAUCUCCAGACCUUAUUACCAGAGCGGCGGCAUGAAUCUCCGGCUGUUUAAAGUAAUUUCAGGCGCCGGCGAGAGGCCGGUGGUGGUUCAGAUCCAGUACGGCGGCGAGGAGAAACAGUUUUCCUUCGAAGAGAUUGCUACCAUGGUCUGGGCUUCAUAUAAGCGAGACAUAGAAGCUAGGUUAGGGUUUUCUGUAAUAAGGAAAGCGUGGGCUCCAUUUGAGGAUUACUUUACCGGUUCCCACCUCCGGGCGACGGUGAAAACUGCUAAUAGUGCAGGACUUCAUAUUGUCGGAAUGUCAUUCAAUCCCGUUUCCGCUGCACGCGCUUACAAUCUGGAUAAUAAUGGAAGAAGCAUUGUGUUGGUUUACAAUCAUGGUGGUUAUGCUUUAGAUGUUUCCUUUAUGGUUAUUGUGGAAGAGGGUUUCAAUAUGAUUUCCGUUGCCAGGGACACAAAUUUCGGCGGAGAAGAUUUCACAAAUCGACUCCUGAAUUAUUUCGCGGCGGAGUUCACCCGGAAGCACAACAAAGAUCUAAACGCCGCUUCACUCCGGCGGCUGAGGGCGGCGUGCGAGAGGGCGAAGAGGGUUCUGUCCACGGAAACCAAGGCGACGAUCCAGAUUGAUUCUCUGUACGACGGGGUCGAUUUCUACGGUUCGAUUACGAGGAAUGUAUUCGAGUCCCUCAACAUGGAUUUGUUCCUAAAAGUUAAAGACACAGUCGAAAGGUGUUUGACUGUCGCUAAGAUUACGGACAAGAGCCAUGUCCACGAAGUGGUUCUUAUCGGAGGAACCUCAAAAAUCCCGAAACUGCAGCAACUGUUGCAAGAUUUCUUCGACGGUAAAUACCUGCGCAUGAGCAUCGACCCCUAUUUGGCCGUCAGUCAAAGGGUUGCAUCAGUAAGAGUGGGGUUUCUUGAUUUCACACGUAUGGACAUCGGCAUCGAGACAGGGGACGCGGGGUUGAUCACCGUUCUGAUACCGAAAAACACCACAAUUCCGGCCACGAAAGAGCGAAUUCUCUUCCGUACCGACUCCAAUAGUCAGUCGACUAUGAAGAUCCACGUGUUUCGUGGGGUUAUCAAGGAAAUUCUUAUCCCCCCGGCACCACGUGGGGUCGUACAGUUCAAACUGCGGAUCAAAAUCGACGUUUACGGCACACUGAGUGUGUGGAUAUCGGACAGGAUUGUUAUGGAGAUGAAGAAUUACUCGACGUUUCUGAAACGGAGGAGCGAUGCAAUGCUGACGGAUGUGAAGAAGAAGUUGGCGGCGAAAAGGGCCUUGUUGGAAUAUGCCUACAGCAUGAGACAUGCUUGUCAUAGUGACGAGGAUCAUCCUUCUUCGGAACUGGAGAAGAUCGAGAUUGAUAUUAACGAGGUUAUUAAUUGGGUGAAUGCGAACCCGUUGGUUGAAGUGGAUGCGUACGAGGAUAAAUUGGACGAGUUGAAAGCUGCUUGCUUUCUCCUUAAUCCUCAUAUUUGGCGAUGGAGCUGAUGUGGCGUGGCAGCCGGUGGUGGUGCCUGCUGAUGUGGCGUGGCGGUUGGUGAUGCAGUUGGAAUAGAAGUUGAUGAAUUGCUGAUUAGAAAAUGUGUGUGAGAGAUUAGGUGCUACUGUUCUUGUUUUGAUCGAGUGAUUUUUUAUAGCAAAUUAGUGUGAACAUUUUUGCACAAGUUUGUUAAUGAAAAAAAAAGCUUGAUUUUGCUUUCAAGUGAUUUUAUAGCAAAUUAGUGUGAAACAUUUGUAAGUGAUUUUGCUUUCAAGUGAUUUUAUAGCAAAUUAGAGCUCUCUACUA